AUGCCGAGGAAGAAUUCGAAUUUGGAUGGGAAAAUUGGAGGAAGGAAAAAAUGCAGAGUGAGAAAAAGGGGUUGCUCCUCAUCAUCUUCAUCUUCGUUGCAUCAAAAAUGUCGAAUAAAGCGCGCUUUUUCGGUGGGGAAAAAGACGGGCUCUAGCACGCCUGUGCCGAAAUGGAAAAAACCGAUGGGCUCACCGGAAAUUGAUGGGUUGUUGAAGCUUUUAGCGGCUUCAAAUGGCGGGCUAAGGGCUGAGGGAUUAUCGGUCUCGGCCCGGAAGCUGGCCGCCACUCUUUGGGAGAUCGAUGGCUUGCCUUCUGCAAGACUCAAGGGAGAGUAUUCGAGUGAGGAAGUUUGUGAAGUUGGAUUCUUUAAUGGAAAGAAUUUCGAGCAUUCGAAAUUGGAAUCAAAGGGAUCAAAGGCUGUUGCUUUGAAUGAUCUAUCAUCACAUAGUCCUGUUUCUGAGAUGAUGAUGGAUUUACCAAAAGUGGGCAGCCAUAGAAGAAGAGCAUCAGCAGGUUCUCAGAAAACUAUGCACACUGAUUGUCAUUUGGGAGUUGGCAAGUCUAUCCAUGAUUGCUUGGUGGAGAAUCGGGCCCGAAGCCCAUAUAAAAACCUAGUCGAGCCAAAGAACCGUUUGAAGGACAUCUAUAAUGGGCUCAUGACCUCCAAAGAAUUACUCAAAGUCAUGGGCCGAGUUUCUCGUCUCGACCACCACAACUCAACGGACCUAUCUCUUUUCUCGGCCCUCAAAUUCGAGCUUGACCGGGCUUUUUUCCAUGUCGUCGAGUUAAGCCAAGAACAAAAGCAAAAACAAACUGAUAUCGAAGCUUUAUGCAAACACUUUCAAGAGGAAAAAAAAUCUCUCUGGAAUAAAUUAAGGCAACAACAGGACAAAACUCGUAUGGAGCUCGAAAAAGAAAAGAAGCUAAGGUUACAAACCGAAAGACUCAACACGAAACUCGGGAGAGACUUAUCCGAGACCAAAGAGUUGCUUCUGAAAGCGAAUGAGGAUCUCGAGGGCGAAACACGGGCCCGCGUGAUGCUCGAGCGGGUUCGUGAUGAGCUGGCGCAGGAGGUGGAGGAGCUCAAGAAGCAAUCGGGUAGAGUUUGUGAAGAACUCGAGAAAGAGCGGGAAAUGUUCCAAUUGGCCGAUGUUCUUCGGGAGGAGAGGGUUCGGAUGAAGCUUUCAGAGGCUAAGUACAGAUUCGAGGAGAAAAAUGCAAUAGUCGACAAGUUGAGGGGCGAGCUCGAGUCCUAUUUGAUGAAGUCGAAAAAAUGUGAAGAGAAUAGGUCACCAAGAUACGACAAGAUUAAGGAGCUCGAGAAAUAUUUACGAGAGACUUUGCCUUUGCCGUGCGCUUACGAAUACGAAGAAGAUAGAGUGAAAAAUGAUAUUGGGAUAGUAAAUGAAGUCGAGGAUGUUGAAGAUGAUUGCAACUCGGAUGAUAGCGAUCUUCACUCGAUCGAGCUAAGAGCUGAUGAUUACAUCGGCAAGAAUUUAAAUGCUUUUGAGGGAAAGGGUCUUUUUGAGUUCGCGUCACGGCCUUGGAGAAAGGAGGUGGUGGUGGACGAGAUCGAGAGGUACAACAUGAUUAAGGAUCUAAGGGACCAUAUCGUUUCGGGGUCUAAGAUGGGUUUGCCUCAAGACUCCGCGAGUCCAUGCGAGAACGAGUUGACUCGGGAGAGGACUCAUUGUUCCAAGGAUUUUAAUGGGGUGGCAUGUCAAGGCUAA